UGAAAUAUCGGCACUUUUACGCACGCUUUACACAUUUCUACGGGAAAAAAUGAAGAAAAGACCGCGAAGGGGGGAGCGAGGAAUUUUGUUCGCGAGAGCAGGAACCUACGUCAUGCAACUAUAAUAUUUAGAUAAAAAGGAAUAUAAAAUACUUGAAAUUUGUUAUCAGCGAAAUAUAUUUACAAGAACAAUAAUGCGAAAAUACCCUAUAACAUAAGAGAUACAUUGCCCGGUAUCCACUUUGUGAAGGACCCAUGUUCCACCACAGCUUAAGAAUAAAAUCAACUCGUUACGUUGAGACAGAAAGAUCGUGGCUUUAACAAAGCCCGUGUAUAACGUGCCACCUUUUCGGUGUCACCUUUCUCUUCGCAGUCGCUCGGCGGGGACCGUAAGAGGCCAUUCACGGCAAGCCCCUCUUUUCCGAGCCUUCUCUUCUUCAGCUCUCUCCCUCUCUCCUCCUCCUUCCAUCCUUGUCACACACUCACCUGGCAACCUGAGCUCACCUGAACGGCCAUCUUGAGCUGCACCGUCAUAUCGUGCUCCUCGUCUUUCUCCCGAGUCGCAUUUUCCGCUCGUCCUUGUAAGCGGUCGCGUCGCAUGCGCCGUUGCGUGUGCAAGCCUCGUCGCAGCGUAGUGAUCGCCGGUAACGUUCGUCGCUCCAAUCGUGCUACCACCUGGCUUGCUUUCUCCACCUUCGUGCAUUCCUUCGAGGCCCUGUGUCGCCGGUGACGUCACUGACAUCCUCUCUUUCGGAGUUUUCCGCGAGGUCUAGCGAAGUGUGUCAAUUCCGGAUACUUCGGUGACACCGGAGACCUGCGUUCCUGGUGAGAAGGAAAACGGCCGAUGUGUCGCGGAGGAAAGGCGCGAUCUCUCGCCGGUGAGCGUACCUGAACGCGCGCGAACGUAAAUGUCACGGACGUCAUCGCCGGCGAUCUGAUCGUGGAUACGUGCGAGACCGUUUCUCGGGCUGUGCGGUGUGGGACCGGCGAUGAGGAGACAGCCGGGAAGAGAAGUAGAACACACCCGAACGCUCGCUAAUCCCCGCUGAUCCUGGGCGGAGACCCUCGAAAGAGAGCGAGGACCUGGUCGCGCCGUCGUCAGCGCAGCGAAAGUAACAGCUCUUUGUUCGCCGAGUUUCCCUGAAUGGGCUUAAUCGCGUGACUCCGCGUGUCUAGCACGCAACGGUCCCAUUGUCGCCCGGCGAUUGGACGAUGAAGAGUAAGUUCUGAGAGAUCGACGACGACGACCUUCCGCCGGGUGCGAAAUACUCGACGUGUCGAAGGAUCUCGACGGUCCUGUCGAAGAAUCGAUAGCCGCCGGAUAGAUCGGCAGCGAUUCCUCGCUUUCGCGCGGGAUUCGCGUCCGGUUCAUGUCGCGAAAUCGACUUGGCGCAGGCAGAAUCGCUUUUCGACGCGAACGACGAGCCACGUGGAUCAUCUUGAUUCCUUGGGGAGGAGCCUUGACUGCCAGAACGACGGAACCGGCGACUUCGCGAUACCAAGAUGGGGUCGAAGAUAGAGUACGUCGAGUCCUCCCACAUGUACGCGACCAAUUACAUCCGCAACUCCAAGGCGAUCGGAGUGUUAUGGGGUAUUUUCACCAUAUGCUACGCCAUCAUCGGCGUCGUCGCGUUCGUCACGCCGGAGUGGCUCGGCGACCUCGAGCACGAGAAUCCCGGAAGAUUCGGCCUGUGGACGAGGUGUAGCUACGGCGGCAACGGUGAGCUAAGCGAGGAGUGCAUCGGCCGAUUGGACGACCUGUCGACGAUCGCCAACGUUCCGUUCCGGGCCAGCACGAUUCUGGUCGGCAUCGCCGUCAUAAUCGCGCUAUUGGCGAUCUGCGCGAUGCUCAUGUUCUUCUUCUGCCAGAGCACCACCGUUUUCUACAUGUGCGCCUGGAUGCAAGUGGUGUCAGGAAUCUGCAUGGCGGUCGGAGUGUUCGUUUAUCCACUCGGCUGGGACUCACCGGUGAUUCGCGCUGUUUGCGGCGCGGCUGCAUCUAGAUACAAUCCCGGCGCCUGUGCCGUGAGAUGGGCGAUACCGCUGGCUGCGAUCGCGGCUCUGGACGCCGGUACCUUGGCCGCCCUUGCCUUCAUCCUGGCCUCCAGACACGUAAGACUCCAGCCGGAGCCGUUCAACAAUGGAUCCUUGUACAAAGAAGUGAACCCAGGCUAUGUGAACGAAGCGCAGAGCGUAGCGGGCUCUCGCAAGUCCUUGUCGCUGAGGCCGGUGCUCCUCGUGGCGCCACCGGAACAGGACCGUUACAGCGAGCUCUCCAGGGCGAAGUCGCACUCGCACCACAGCCUUUAUACACCGGCGCCGUCGCACCCGGUGCACACCAUGUCCACGAAUACUCUCAACCACUCGCAGCACAACUUCCAGCUCUGAGACCAAGGUCGCGAAGAGACCAAGCAGGCCUGCUGUACAUAGCUCGCGAAGAGAAGCGACACGGUGUAUAUAAAUGAGAGAAAUUCAGGGGAAGAGAAAUAUGAGAAACGGUAGGGAGUUGUGCGAAGAAAGAGGAACUUUGCGAUAGAAUCUGCAUAGUGGUUGAGCGCGACGGACUUGCAAAACACGACGAAUUGCUCGUCGACGACCGAGUGCGCGUUAUUUCCUUUGUGCCGUGAAUAUUAUUACCCCCUAGCUGUAGAUGUGAUUCGUCGUGUCGGUGUAUUUCUUCAACACGAAGGGAACUGUCUUCCUUAGACUAGUGACUAAUUUAGAUACACCUUACCUAUCUUGAGUACAUUACGAAGACCGUAGCGCGCAGAAGAAUGUAAAAAAGUAAAACACAAGAAGUAAGCAAAUUGACCGAUCACAGUCGAUUAUUCUACGACUGUAAGAAGAAUAAUCUACUGUGAUUGGUCAAUUUUCUCAUUGCUCGAGUUUUACUAUUUACGCUUUUGGUGCGCCACGGCCCUUAUUAUCGUAACUGAGACGAUAACUAUACGCGUUCGUAUUAUGUAGUGACAUCCCGUUAGAAAAUUUUUCAUAUAUAAUUACAUAUCUAGUUUUAAUAAUAAUUAGAUAUAUAAUUACAUAUUAGAUAUUC